AUGGCCUUGUCGUCCCCGAUGGUGCUGUCCCUGCUCCUCUUCGCGUCGCUCACGGCGCUGCUGGUCCUCGCGCCACGCCUGUCCCCGCCGCCGCCGCAGCAGCCGGCCGCGGACGAGCAGGCGCCGCCGGCCACGGGGAGCGGCGUCGGCGGUGGCGGUGGCGGCGGCGGAGGCCUCCGGGGCGUCGGCUCCCGCGCGGGGGGCGAGGAGGCCGACGACCUCCGCCUGUUCCGCCGCGCGGCGCUGGAGUCGGCGGCGGCGGCGGCGGGCGCCAAGGCCGCCGGCCCGCCCAAGGUGGCGUUCCUGUUCCUCACCAACUCCGACCUCACCUUCGCCCCGCUAUGGGAGCGUUUCUUCUCCGGCCACGAGUCCCGGCUCAGCGUGUACGUCCACGCCGACCCGGCCGCGCGCCUGCUUCUGCCGCCCACCCCCUCCUUCCGGGGCCGGUUCGUGGCCGCCAAGCCGACGCGCCGCGCGGACGCGAGCCUCAUCGCGGCCGCGCGCCGCCUGCUGGCGGCCGCGCUGCUGGACGACCCGGCCAACGCCUACUUCGCGCUGCUGUCGCAGCACUGCGUCCCGCUCCACUCCUUCCCGCGCCUCUACGCCGCGCUCUUCCCUCCGCCCCCCUCCCCCUCCGCUGCCUCCGCCGCGCCCCGCCGCCAACGGCCACGCAGCUACAUCGAGGUGCUGACGGGGGAGCCGCAGAUGCCGUCACGCUACGCGGCGCGGGGCGGCGAGGACGCGAUGCUCCCGGAGGUCCCCUACGAGCGGUUCCGGAUCGGUUCCCAGUUCUUCACGCUGGCCCGGCGCCACGCCGUGCUGGUGGUCUGGGAGCGCCGGCUGUGGCGCAAGUUCCGGGUGCCCUGCCUUCCCGAGAUGGCGCAGGACUCGUGCUACCCGGAGGAGCACUACUUCCCGACGCUGCUGGACAUGGCGGACCCCGGAGGCGUGGCGCGGUACACGCUCACCCGCGUCAACUGGACGGGGAGCGUCGAGGGCCACCCGCACACGUACACCGCGGCCGAGGUCACGCCAGGGCUCGUCGCUGAACUCCGCGCGUCCAACCACACCCACCCUCACAUGUUCGCGCGCAAGUUCGCGCCCGACUGCCUCGCCCCGCUCCUCGCCAUCGCCGACACCGUCCUCUUCAAGGACUGA